CAGGGUUUUUGGCUUCUGUGGUGUCACUUCCUGGCGGGCUUUUAGACUGAAAAGCAUCGAUUUACGCCUAUGAAAACAUUGCCACGGCAGCUAUUUUCACAUAUUGAACACUUAGAGUAUUUUUUUCUCUGCAUAAUCAACAUUUGUUAAGGCCAGACUGCUAACUACCUUCGUAACUUCAAGUAGAAGAGUAUCGCUGCUGUUUGAGUUUGAUUCAUGGUUCACCUCAAGUAAACAAGCUGAUCUGAAGCGGCCUGGACUGGCAGCUGUGAGACUGCCCUGUCCCACCAAGCAGCAUCAGUGAGUGGAGAUGGACCCGUCUGAUGAUGUGGGGGACCCCGGUCACACACUCAAGACCGGGGAGCUGAAUAAUCCCCAAGCUCAUGAGGGCUGCAGUGCACAGAAGGACCCCUCACCCACAGACUUGCUGAGAAUAAAAGAGCAGAUGUCCAGCCAGUGCUUUGAGAUGGCAGUGCAGCUGCGUGCAGGGAAAAGCAAAAGGACCUGCAGCACAACUGAAGCCGAGAGAGAGCUGCCUGAUUAUGUCAGUGAACUGGAGGAAGUGAAGACGAUUCAUUUCAACAAGAUAAUGACACUGCACAGAAUGCAGAUGUGGCACGCCAUCGCAGAGAAGCUGAAACAGAAUGACUCAGAGUCUGUCACAAUGAAAGCAGUGAGUGAGCGCUGCAUGGCCCUUUGUUCACGUGCAAAACACCUUCAGCAAGAAUCACAAGAUCUUGAAGACCAAAUCAUAGAGAUACAGAAGAAGAGACUCGAGCUGAAGCGGCUCAUACACGAGAAGAUGAAAGAGAUGGACGAGUUGAAGUGCAAAAGAGAGCACCCAGACAUGGAGAAGUACAAAGCUGUCAUCCAGAAAGGCCAGGCCAAUCUGGAGAAAUACAGAAAGAUGGUCAUCAUGACACAGAAUGUCCUACGGGGCAUCCUCUUAGCCUCGAAAGUGAACUGGCUGGAUGAUCCCAAACUGCGAGACAUUGCCAUGACCCUGGAGGAACUUCCCAUCUCAGACUAGAGAAGACAUUUACUCAUCUCAAAUUUUAACUGUAUAUAUCUGUAUUAUAAUUUAAAAAAAUAAAACCUUUGUUGUGAAUUGUGUUCAAA